AUGUCAAGGAAGGGGAAAGGCAGCUGGGGAAGGUCUUUACGAGGGGCACGCUUGCGCCAUGGUGUGGGCGGAGAGGAGGUAGAGGACGGUAGAGGACAAGGAUUGAACCUUCUGGCACCAGCGCUGCUGCUGCUGCUGGCCUGGGCUGUGGCGGGGGCCCAAGGGCAGGGGCCCCUCGAGUUCCCUCACCCCAUUGUGAACCUGUCCGUGAGCGGGGAGCGCUUCCUGGUGGCCAGCGGCAACUGCUGGUACGAAGUGGCGCCUUCGCUGGCAUGGAAGGAGGAGCGCUACUGCCAGCCGGGGGAGAGCUCCUGCGGGGAGACGGUGCUCUCGGUCAACAAGCUGCUGCUGCCCUUCGGCCGCGACCGCCUGCUCACCUGUUGGACCCAGCCGCGAGGCAGCUGCUACAAGCAGGAGCUCACCAACGGAAGCCUUCCGCCGCCGACGGAGAAGUGGGGCGAAGAACUGGUGAGCUACGUGCCGCGGGGCGCCGCGGCCGGGCUGAUGUAUUGCGACGACAAUUGCUCACACUGGUCCCUGGUCGUGGCUACGACCCAUAUGCUGAACAACUGCCGCAGCGAUGCCCCCCCGGCGAGUAUCGCCAACAAGGCGGCCUUCCUCAUAAAGGAAGGCGAGAAAAGCGUGCCCGAAGACAAACAGCUGGCCUUGCAGGGGGAGCAUCGCCUGUACUUCGAGGAUGCCUUUCGCUGGCAGGAGUACUUCUUCUUCCCUUACUAUCAUUACGAUUCCAGCGUGGAGGCCAAGAUGCUCAUCGCCCUGCACGAGCAAAACACCUUCAAGCACAACAGCCAGAUCUUGCAAUGUGGCGGCGGCAGCAAGACCAAAGUUCUGUCAUCGGCGUACCUGGAGCAGCGCGCGCUCUGGGCCGGGAUUUUCGGCUCAGCCCCCGGCCCCGCCACGCCGGCUUCCACCGCCCUCUGCCUCUUUGCUCUGCAGGACUUGCUGAAGAACGCGGAAAGCUGCAAGUUCAGAGGGUCCUCCGAGUUCGUUUCGGAAUCCAGUCCUCCAAACACAUGCGUAAAGAUUAUACAGCCAGUCAACAACUCAACUUCUCUGAGUCAUUUCAAUUUGGUUUCAGUUUAUGCCACCAUGCUUCUAAACAAGAUUGUUUUAUUUUUAGGGACAGGAAAUGGGCAGUUAUUGAAGAUUGUUCUUGAUGAAAACAUGAAGCCAAAUUGUCCAGAAAUUUUAUAUGAAAUGGAGGAUGAAAGACCCAUUUUCCAUAGGCUUGAACUUGACCCUAUGGAUCCGGAUUACAUCUAUCUACCAUCUAAUAAUAUGAUCAGAAGAAUACAGGUUGCAAAUUGCAGCAAGUAUAUUUCCUGUAGAGACUGUUUAUCUGCAAUGGACCCACACUGUGGAUGGUGCCAUGCAAAGAAAAGCUGCACUUUAAAAGGAGAAUGUUCAUUUCCUAAUAAUUCACCUAACUGGGCAAAUAUUUCAUAUGGCACAGAUAAGUGCCUGAAAAUCUACACUUCUCAACUCAAAAGAAAUGAGGUUCGUGUGAGAGUGGAUGUAAAUUCUUUUGGUCUUUCUGAAAACUCUUCCCAUUGCAAGAUGGUAAAUGCAAGGACCAAUAAAAUUCUUUGUGAUGUGAAUCAACAUCAUAUGAAUUGUUCCUGUGAUUUAAACAUUGAAGAUCUAAGAGAAAAAGUUCAAGUGUCAUUCACCUCAAGAACUUGGAAUUUAUCAGAAAUAUUUGAAUUUAACCACUGUUCCUCUCAAAAAACAUGCUCAGAAUGUAAUCGUACUGGCUGUACCUGGAAUGUUAGAGAAAAAAAAUGUGUUGUCUCUACUACGACUUGUUCAAGAAAAAAUGAUUGUAAUGGCACUAUCAAUGCAUUAAGUGGAAAAGAUCAUUCACGGAGAUCAAAGCCUAUGAAAAUCACUUCCAUUGAACCAAAUUGGAUAUCAACAUUAGGUAAACAUGAAGUGCUAGUCAUAGGAGAAAACUUUAGGAAAUCAAAUAUUUUGCUGGAGAUAACUGGAACCAGUAGCUGCCCACAAGAUGUGGGAUAUGUUACUAAAGUGUUAAAUGACACGCACAUUAAAUUCUGUUUACCACCAAGUCGCAAAGAAGUCAAGAAUGCAUGCAUAAAGGAAAAUGGGUUUGAGUGUUCAACCUCUGUUCCACUAUAUUAUGUCUCUUUUCCAUCAUGUUUUGAGAUCCUUCCAAAUAUUACGUGGAUGAGUGGAGGUCGCAAUAUUACUAUACGUGGGAAAUAUCUUAAUAUCACAGAGACAGUUAUUAUGUUAGAUGAUUUGGAGCAAAACAUGAUGCAAUUUACUUGCCAUAAAAAUAGUUUUGAAUGCAAUUUUACAACACCAGUUAUUAAGAUGGAGAAAGAAACUAAGAUUAUUAAUGUUGUUCUUCAAGUUGAAAAUAUACGCAUACCUUGCCGUGGAUUUCAAUAUUAUCCUGAUCCUAAGUUUAUUCACUAUGAACUCAUAACUGAUUUGGAACCUGACCUGGAAUUGAAAAUACAUAAAGAAAAUGACAACUUAAAUCUUUCUAGAAAUGAACUUGAAGUUUUUUUAUCUUACAUGCCUGGUAACCAAAUGAUAAACAUAACUUUCAGUGUCCAAAAUAUUUCAAAAACUGCUACUCGUAGCAUUAUAAACUGUAGAGCUAAACAGGAAAAAAAACUUACCAGCAAGAUUAAUACGUCAAGUGUGAAAGUUUAUGUCAAGGUGGGGAAUAUGGUGCAUGAAGUCCCAAAUGAAAACAACUAUUCAUUCUUCUACAUUCUUUUGUUAAUCCCUAUAGUAAUUGUGGUUGCAUUUUUUGUUACCCAGCGAAAAUCUAAGCAAUUAAAUCGAAAAUUGAGUGAACAUCUGGAGCUAUUGGAAUGUGAACUUCGUAAAGAAAUACGGGAGGGAUUUGUUGAACUACAAGUUGAAGAAUUGGAUAUAGUUGACAGUUUUGGAACAAUUCCAUUUCUUGACUACAAACAUUUUGUUCUUAGGACUUUCUUCCCAGAGGCUACAGGCACUUCAUCUAUAUUUAUUGAAGACUCUAAUGAACCACUAAGAAAAGACCAGAGAUUGUAUGCAUUAAUUUGUAACAAGCAUUUCCUUGUUACUCUGAUUCACACUCUUGAAAAACAGAAAACCUUUUCUGUGAAAGACAGAUGCUUGUUUGCAUCUUUCUUGACAAUUGCACUACAGACCAACCUAGUCUACUUAACUAAUAUUCUAGAAGUUUUGACAAGAGAUUUGAUGGAACAAUCGAGCAAUAUACAACCUAAGCUGAUGCUAAGGCGUACAGAAUCAGUAGUAGAAAAGCUGCUUACAAACUGGAUGUCAGUUUGCCUUUCUGGUUUUCUUCGGGAAACAGUUGGGGAACCAUUCUAUUUACUUGUAACAACUUUAAAUCAAAGGAUUAUCAAGGGUCCUGUGGAUGUAAUAACUUGCAAGGCCCUGUACACACUAAAUGAAGACUGGUUACUGUGGCAAGCACCUGAAUUCAGCACAGUGGUAUUAAAUGUUGUCUUUGAAAAUAUCCAAGAAAAUGAGGCCAGUGGCAAUGCUCAGAAUAUCCAAGUUAAAGUCCUGGAUUGUGACAGCAUAGGACAGGCCAAAGAGAAGAUCCUGCAGGCCUUUCUGAACAAGAACGGAUCCCUGUAUGGUCUCCAGCUAAGAGAAAUGGGCCUGACUCUCGAGUCAAGUUCCCAACCAAAAGAACUUCUGGAUGUAGAUGGUUCCUCAGUGAUUCUGGAAAAUGGGAUUACUAAGCUGAACACCAUAGGCCACUAUGAGAUUUCAGAUGGAGCAACAAUUAAAGUUUUUAAGACGAAACAAGAUCUAUCAGCUGAUGGAGAAUAUUCUGAGGACUAUUGCCAUCUGAUAUUACCAGAUGCAGAAGCAGCCAAAGAAACACAGAGUGCAAAACAUAAAGGAAAGCAAAAAUUUAAAGUCAAGGAAAUGUAUCUCACUAAACUUCUCUCUACUAAGGUUGCUAUCCACUCAACUGUUGAAAAGCUCUUUAGAAGCAUUUGGACUUUGCCUAACAACAAAGCUCCAGCUGCUAUUAAAUAUUUUUUUGAUUUUCUGGAUGCUCAGGCUGAAAAUAAAAAAAUUACAGAUCCCGAUGUGGUUCAUAUAUGGAAAACCAACAGUCUUCCUCUUCGAUUCUGGGUGAAUAUACUGAAGAAUCCUCAAUUUGUCUUUGAUAUUAAAAAGACUCCACAUAUAGACGGCUGUUUGUCAGUCAUUGCACAAGCAUUUAUGGAUGCAUUUUCUCUGUCAGAGCAACAAUUGGGAAAGGAAGCACCAACAAAUAAACUUCUCUAUGCUAAGGAUAUACCACUUUAUAAAGAAGAAGUUAAAGUUUUCUAUAAAGCAAUAAGGGAUUUGCCUCCACUGUCCAGAUCAGAGCUAGAAGAAUUUUUAAUUCUGGAGUCACAGAAACAUGAAAAUGAGUUUAAUGAGGCUGAGGCCUUGAAUAAAAUUUACCAAUAUAUAGCAAGAUACUUUGAUAAGAUACUGAAUAAAUUAGAGAUGGAGCGAGGGUUGGAAGAAGCCCGACAGCAACUUUUGAAUGUAAAAGGUAUAAUGGAUGAAAAGAAAAAAUGCAAAUGGGCUUAAGAAGAAUUUUAUAACUGCUGCUGUUAUGGAACCGAAUUCAAAAUAUUGGCCAACCCAGUUCUGUUCACACAAAACUAGCAACGGAUGCCCUCAGAUUGGAACAGCCGGCUCCAGCUGCAUCCCAUCAACAAAGCGGAGCCGGAAUCAGAAGUAUCCUUGUCUGCUGCUGGCAUCUGAAGCGCUCUCUCAUGUGCAGAUCUCCCCUCUUAGGUUGAAGCAAUCAAGUAAUUUUGGUAGACAUUUUUAAAUUAAAAACAAAUGGUUUUAUAAUUCACAAUUUUGUCUAAUUUCUACGCUCUCACUGAGCAGCAACUUAUGUGCCUUAAAAGACUUCUCUGUUGGUUUCAGAUAAGCACAAAUAUAUCCUCUUGUUGUUCAUAGUCUGAGCACCAAAUUAUUAGGAGCUUUCAACUGCUAUAUGGUUUUACAAUGAAGAACAGGUUUUCAGUUUCCCACAAAUAGUUGUGCAUUGUGACGUAACUAAAAGUGAUGUGGGACUGAAGAGGAGGGGAAGGUUUCCAGCACAUUGAUACAGCAAGGUCCCCCACCUCUUCCUAAGGUAAAGUCUGCUUCAUGUCAAGCUCAACCUCUGAUGAUGUCGCGGACAUGUCCAUGUAAUUUUCUUGGCAUGAUAAUGGAAGUGGAUUGCAAUGGCUUCAGCUUCCCAAUCUUCUGUAUGCGAAUAGCCUAAUUUACACUUUGAAAUUUUUCCAUCAUUAUAUCUGCACUUUUUAAAAAUGAGCUGGUGGUCUUUCCUAUCUGUAUUUUCAUUAGUACAUACCUGUAUUGUAAAUAUAACGGCAAAACAAAAAUGACAAAGAGGGGUUUUUUUACAACUCAAGUUACAAAAAUGUAUCAUAAUUUCACUGUUGGCGAUAAAAUGUGGGGGAGGGUGUCACGGUCAGGUGCAUAUUCUUCGUACCCACUCAGCUUCUAUGCCUUCCCUGCAGUUGGAAUACAGACUUUCUCAGCUAUAUUUUGUACGGCUAUGUAGUGCCUGGAUUUGAAGGCCAAACCAUAUUCCCAUACUUGUCUACAACUUCUUCAGGAAGUUGUACCUUUUCCUGGGAUUGGGGUGCUGCUCCACAGUUGCAGCAGAAUCCCAGGAAAAGGUAUGUUUGGGGUAAAGAGUGCUAUGCCCACACUUUAAAGCAUCUUCUUGCUUUCAGAAACAAAACACUGCUCAGCUCUAAUAUUUAGAGUUCCUUUGUUGCCUGUCACAUCCUGCUCAGAGUAAUAUUUGCAGGUAAUAAUAUCAGCAGCUGUUGCAACAAUUUUACAAUUUUUAAAGAGAAAAACUUAAAAGUGCCUCAACAAAUAGACAUUAUAGCAGGCUCUUGUCCCAUUACUUCUUGCUAGGAAAACACAGACAUUAAUAUUGGCAAGCUGAACCAGCCAUUAUAGGCUGAUGAUUCUUUAGGACAAUCGGUUGGCUUGUCCUGCAAAAUACAAUUAAAUAGAUGUGUUCUGAUAGGUAGGAAAAUGGAGGGAAGAGCGAUUCCCCCCACUGUUCCCUAUAAGGUGUAGACAGGCAGUGAAGAGACUGUAUAUUUUUCAUUGAAUACACUUGUGUAAAAAUAAAAAGCAAAGAGGAGGAAACUGCACAAGUAUGAAUGCUGUUGUUGUUUUUCUCAUUUCUUCAGAAAAUGUUUUACAUCUCACAUCGUGUGGAAAAUAAGUUUUAGGAAAUUUAAAAAAUAUUCUGCACAAUGUGACAUAUUUGCCAGUAGGUGGUGAAGAUUUAUUCCCCAAAUAAUUGCCUGUUAAUUAUUGGAUGAAUAACAUAAGAGAAAGCAAAACAUACAACUGCAUGUUACACAGCAUGGAUGCCUCUGAGUAGACUAGACUAGAUUAGACCUUCCCAAACAAAAUCUGUUCAGAAAUGAUCCAAUGAAUUUGCAUGUCUCUACCCCCCAUGACUAAGAUAAAUGAUUUCAUUGGGAUCAGACAUGGGCAAGAAAUAAAUAGACCACUUUUAAAAAUUAACUUUUAAUCUGUACACCAAAUAAAACUAUAAUAAAACUAUACAAGGGGAUUUCUUUGGAAACAAGCAACCCCUCCAGUAUUUAAAACUGUAUUUUUAAUGGAAAGGGCAUGAGCUUGCUGACUUUUGUGUAGUUCCUGAAUUCAGGGUUUCAUUUUGAAGACAGUCACUCUUAUUCAGCAAAGUCAGGAAGGAAAAGGGGGGCUUUUUUUGUUUUAAAUCAGCUUGAGUUAAAACACUGACAGAUGUAAGCCUCUUCAAGUGCUACUUGUUUGAAGGGCAAAAGGGUGGUGGUGGUGCCUUUAAAAGAAAAAAAUAUGAAAAAGACCACUCAGGCUUCAUGUCUGGCACCAGCACCACAGAGUUGCUUUGCUUUCAGCCAACUGAUAGCCUACUCAAAAAAAGGAGAGCAAGGGAGGCCCUCAGAGUGGGAUUUCCAAAAAAUUAGCCCUUUUGUAAUGCCUAAACAGGGUCUACCCCCCUUCCCCGGCUCUUUCCUCCCUUUUUUCUGCCUAAUUACCUCUCUGUGUGGCUUUGUGUCCAUUUCUGUUCAGUUGUAUUCCCCUGUUCUUCUUUUUCCCCAAACAGCUACUCCUUCCUGAAUUGUGCUAUUUUUUUUAAAUGUUCCGUUUCUGCUGGAAGGACACAGGAAAAUGGGUAUACUGUAUAUUUCUGUGUUUCUCUGUGAAAGUGGUUUGUGCAUGCAAAGGGGAUCAGUACUGUAAGUGGAGCACUUUAUUUGAUAACCAAUUAAUUUUGAUCAAUAGUUACUAAAUGAAUACAUGCGGGAGCAGGGAAUGUACCCUUUUUUGGGAGAACACGGUUUCCAAUAAGCAUAUACGCAUGGAGGGUGGGGGGAAUAUCCAGGGCUGGUUUGAGCUGGAAUUUGUAGAUGGGCUUUUAAAAUGUUUGAAAAUUGCAAUGUAUUUAUUGUAUAUUGCAUUACUGAGAGGAACUACUGAGUUAAAACAUUUCUGACAAUCUCUAGAAACAACCCAUGUUUAGCAUCCUUACUGUAAAUAUGUGAAACAAUUUAAACUUAUUUUAAAUUGUUUAUAGGUGCAUAUAAUUCCAAUGCUAUUAGGCUUAAAGUAAUUCUUUACAAAGUAUAAAUGGAGUUGGAAAAUAUAUUGUAUGAAUAUAUAAAAUGUUUUAUUUCACUUAUAAACUGUGAUGUUUAUUUUUGU